AUGGGCUCGUAUCCUCACUUUGGUGGCAUCUCGCCCUCCACGUUUGAGAGAGAUACGUUUCUGGCCAGACGAGCACAGGGCGCAUCAGAUCUGCCACCCGGCGCAGCUACUGCCAAGUCAUGGGAGCCCAUAUCCUUCCUGACAAGCCAGCCUCACAGACAUCCUGCCCGGUCCAAUCUAUCUCGUCGGAAGGGCAAGGGGAGGGCGGCAUCACACUCGGAUGCAGAUGGACACCGGCCGAGCCUGGACGAGUCCAUCGAGUCUAUAGACGAAGAGGACAGUGUCAAUGAGCAAGCAUCAGAUAGCACGAGGGGCAGGCAGCGCGAUAGGCGGAAGCGGCAGCCGACCGAUAGGACCACAGAGGAAGAGAGCUGCCAGCCUUGGGACGAAUCUACCCCGCCAAGGCUGCAAAUCGCACAGACGGAUUCCUCGCCCAACUUGCGCAGUAUAGCAGCCUGGACAGGCUCGAAUGGCUCUGCAGCCAGAGAAGUACCGAGUGAAUCGACGCCGCUUCUUGUGUCAGACUCGACGCCACUACUCGCCGCAAAGAGUGAGGAGUAUAGCCAUAUCAAAGGCCUCGCGCCUCUAGGUACACCGCUCGCGGAGAUGCGCUGGCCCGAAGCGUACCUCGUCGCCCGAGCAGCGCGGUCCAUCAGUAUAACGCAUCUGCUCGAGUACUCACUCGCCGCGUCAAGCUUGUUCAUGAUUGGCCACCUAGGCGUUACAGAGCUCGCAGCGGCUUCACUGGCUGCCAUCACGUUCAACGUCGUCGCGCUAUCGAUCACACAAGGUAUGGCAGGUUCGCUAGACACUCUCUGUCCCCAAGCAUUUGCUGCGAGUCCUAAAGACACCAGCUUGCACGCGCUCAGGGCAAGCGUCCUGCUCUUGAUCAUCAUGAUUCCCCAAGUCCUGGUACUCUGCCUGGUCGCCGAACCGCUCUUCGUCGUGCUUCGACAAGAUCCAGAAGUCGCUCGACUCGCUGCGGUCUACCUCAGGAUUCAGUGCCUCGGCUUGCCGGGUCUAGCAGGCUUCGAAGUCAUACGGCGGUAUUUGCAAGCGCAGUCGCUCAUGCUUGCUCCUGCGCUCUGCGUGGGCAUCGUCGCACCUCUGAACGCUGUACUGUGCUACCUGCUCAUUCUCGGCCCUCCUGGCGUCCAGAUCGGCUUUGUUGGCGCCCCGGUCGCCUUUGCAAUCAUGACGACACUGCUCUUCGCCUCUUCGCUCGUCUAUUGCGUCUUCUUCGUCUCGCGUGACGCUUGGGGCGGCCUUAGCUCUGAAGCGCUGCGAGAUUUUGGCGAGGUGCUGUCGCUCGGCUCGGCGUCCGUGGCCAUGACUGCAUCAGAGACGUGGUGCUGGGAAGCGGUCAGUCUGCUGUCUAGCGUGCUCGGGAAGAAGUAUCUCGCAGCACAAAGUAUCGCCAUUUUGACCGCAUCGACGACGUACCAGAUUCCACUCGCGCUGAACGUAUCUGCAAGUGUGAGGAUAGGCAACCUGUUGGGCGCAAAUCGACCCGACCUAGCACGCAUGAGCUCCCAAGUCUCGCUUCUACUGGCAACUGCCGUCGGACUGGUCACCUCCAUCGUGCUCGUCGCUAAUCGAGGCUGGUGGGGCCGUUUGUUCAAUAACGACGAACAGGUCGUCAAGCUGGUCGCUGCCGUCCUGCCUCUCGUCAGUCUGUUCCAAGUAGCCGACUGCGUGACCGGCGUCUGCGGCGGCAUACUCAAGGGAGGCGGUCGACCUGCCAUUAGCGCCUACAUCAAUCUGCUCUGUUACGCGAUGCUGGGCGUACCCUUUGGAGCGUUUCUCUGUUUCGGUCCUGCCCAUCUCAAACUCGUCGGGCUCUGGUCGGGCUUGCUGACGGCUCUGAUCUGUACGGCGUGCGUUUCGACUUACUUUGUGCUCCGCUUCGAUUGGGAGCUUCAAGCGUCGCUACUGUUCGAGGAAUCAGACGAGGAGGAUGAAGGGAGUCAGACGAGCACUGGCACUGCUCCCUUGGCUCGGGGCGAAGCGGGCGCGAUACCGAUGACUUCCUCAAGUGAUGCUUCGAUGGAUCCAGUGUCGUCAUCACCCAGUUCGCAGGGCGGCAGACGGCGGCACAGGAACGAUCAUUCGUCGAAAUACGCCCGUGCAGCUUUGAGUGCAGAUGCCGAUCUACGCAAGACGAAGCUGCUCGAGCAAGUGGCCCAGCGCGCAAGACUACAACGGCAGACCGUCUUUGCUCGGAGCAGGGCAGGAUUGCAAGGGUCAGAUGCAAUGAAUGAGGACGAAGAGGAUCCUUUUGUUGGCGAUAUAAGCAAAGAGGACGAAGCCGUAGUCAACAGGAUGCUCAAGAGGGAGUGGCUGAGGUUUCAAGCGACUAUGGAAGACGAUUGGGAUAGGCAAGCGGGCAGUGUUGACCCUGUCGAGAGCUUGGACGACGAUGGCAAGCUCACAGAUGAAGCGCUGUCGUAUGAGAUACUCCAGGACGCAGACCUUGCUGACCGCUUCGAACUCUAUCUAGCCGGCGUGGAUGCAGCGAGCCAGGAAACGAUCAAACCCUCGCAACAACUUGACAUCUCGCAACUGAUUGCCCGUCAGCCAUGUCCCAAUUGUCGGCAUCAUCAAUUGGAUCUGAGAGAAGGCUAUGGGGGAUGCGAUUCCUGCUCUUGGUCAGUCAGUCUCGCAAGUGGACAGAGCGCUCUGGACGCGUUUGCCAUGCAUGCCAGCACAAGCGAGCAUGAACCGCUGUUGACGUUCUCGCCUCAUGUGGGGACUCUCGUUGUCUGCAGUCAUUGCUCGGAAACGCUCGUCGCUUCCUAA